AUGAGUAUUGGAUAAGUUCAUCCAAGUAGCUCAAUUCCUAUUGACCUCAAAGAAUACAAAACUGAAAUUGAGUAAUAGUCCAUUUUUAAUAUUGUAGUUCACUAAAACUAUUUUACACAAUACGGUAAAGUAAGCAGACCUCCAAAGAAACUUCUCUCAUCAUUCAAUCUCCAAAAAAGUUCACAUUCAUUUAAAUUUUUAGUGCUAAUAGCAAUAGACAAUUCUUGAGUCCUAAACACAGCUUAUUUAUGUUAUAGGAUUACACCAAUCAAGACGAAGUCAUUAAUUGCUUUUAAGAAAAAUCAAUCAAAAUGAAAUUUGGGAGUGCUGUUAGAAAAUUAACCAUUCUCCAACAAUUCUUUAGGUAUGUGGGCAAACAAAAAAAACAAGAAAAUUUAUUUCAAUCAAAAUAGAUCCAAAGGAAACGGUAAAAGUUACCCUUUUACCCAGACCAGUUAUAUUUGUGGAAACAAUUCAUGUCGCUUUAAACAGCAGCCACAUUAAUGCUUUAUCCAAUCUACAUUAGUCUUUCUGAUUUCAAUGAAUUUGUAUAGAUAAAUCUUAUAUUCACUUUAGGAUUCAUUAACAAUAAUUACAUUUUUGUUGGAUGGACUUUAUUUAAUUGAUAUAAUCUUAAAAUAAAUAACUUGCCAGAUAGAUAAUAAUUACAAUUUAAUCAACAACUUUAUUGACAUCUUCCUAUUCAACCUGCAAAGAUGGCUCAUCCUCGACAUCAUUAGUAUCAUCCCCUACAAAUUAUUUGCUCCUACAUUCUUCGAUUUAAUGGGAUUAAAUCUACUCAAAUUAUUGAGAUUCAUAAAAUACUUCUGCUAUAACGAAAGAUAAAUUUAUCAAGAAUCUCAUAAUUCUUUGGAAAAGUCCGAAUAUUUUGAAAAACUUUUUUAAUUGGAUGGCAAAAUAUUAAGUAUUUUGAAAAUAUUCAAAAACAUGCUCAUUUUCAUUAGUUUAUUUGGUUGUCUCUUUCAUUCAGUUUUACUUUAUGAAGGACUGGCACAGAAGGAAAAUAACUAUUCCAUCUACAUCCAAGGAUUGUACUGGGCUAUUUAAACAGUAACAGUCAUUGGAUAUGGAGACAUACCUUUGACUACUUCAAUGCAAUACAAUUUAACUAUCAUCUGGAUAUUCAUAGGGGUUGGAUUCUAUUCAUUGACAAUAGGCAAUUUAGCAGAUAUCUUAGAAUAACAAUCUUCGACAGAUGGCUUUGAAGAGGAUUUAGAGGCCUUGGAAACCUUAAUGCAGAAAAUCAUAAUUCCAGAAGAGUUGAGUAAUCAGUUAUUUUCUUACUUUUAAUAUAACAUUGAGAAUAAUCCUUUUUGGAAUUACAGAAAGUAAAUAAUAUUUAUAAAUAAGAAUCAUAGGAUAAUAGAAACAUUGCCAUCUUAACUAAAGAUCUUUGCAAUAGCCUUUUGCCAAAAGCAAUUGAUUGAGAAUGUCAAUAUGUUUGCUUUCAACAUUAAUUUUGCUGCAGCCAUACUACCCUACUUUACAAUGUACAAUUUCAAAUAAUUUGAUACUAUCUACUACAAUGGAUCUCCAAGUUUGGAUGUCUACUUCUUAGUCUCAGGAGAAGUAAGACUAUGUGACGAGCAAGGGAACACAUUAUUAAACAUAUAAGAAGGCUAUAUAUUUGGAGAAAUCGAAAUAUUAGAGGAUUGCUAUAGAAAACAGUCAGCAGUUGCCUGUAGAGAUUCUUUGGUAAUAAUAUGUCCUAUUUCACAAUUCUUAUAAUUAAUUUAAGAAGAUGAAUCUCUACUUUUUGAAAUUGAGUAAUUAGGGUUAAGAAGGAAACUUUUACUCUAAGAGAAUCUUUCUCGGAUAAAAAGUAUUUUAAUUUAUUUAAAUAGAAAAUGCAAAGUAACUGAAAAGAAUAAAUGUAAUUGAAGGAGAUCCAAUGACUCAAUAUGUUUAUAAGAAGUAUUUGCUAGAAAAAUAAUUCAAAGCUAAUGUCAUUAAAGAAAGUUAUUAAUAAAUUCAUAAAAGGCUAUUGCGAAAUAUAUUUGGCCAUUAAUAAGAAAAAAAGUGGAAACAUAGAGCAAUGUUCAAAAUGGCUGUGAGAAAGAUCAUAGAUCAUUUGAAAUAAAGUAAAAGUUAGUAGAAAAAGACAAGUGGUGUCAUAGGCAAACAAAUGUUGCAAAACUUUGCUCAGGUUAAAUAAUAGGAAUUGAAAAUCUAAAAUUAAAUCUACAAAAACAAAAAGAAUGGGAAAUGUCAAUAAAGAGUUAAAGUGAAAGACAUCUUAAAACAUUUUAGUUAAAAAGAUUCUGCUCCGAUGCUUAUCACUCCUUAUCCUUAUUAUGAGGAAAUCUUAAAGGAAAGAAAAGAAGAGAAGCAGUAGUUUAAAUAAAAAUAAAACAAAAUCUUAGAAUUGUCUAAUAGAUUGAUCAAGAUCAACCUUAUUGGAUAAUUCCAAAUCUGUAACACUCUUUACGAGGACUUAAUUGAAUAAAUAGACAUCCUAUAUGAUGCCCAAUACUAAACACAUGAAUCGCAAGACCAAGUGGAAUCUGUCUAUUAUUAAAUAUAUUCAUUAGUUUCAUCAAUUGAUUGA